AUGCGGUGUCAGAGUUGGGCCUUCGUUGCCUCUCUUCUCUAUUCACGGCACGCCUAUGCUUUGUCCAACAUCACAUACUACUCCGAUACUCAAUGCACCGAAUUACUAGACGAAAAGACUGGCCCUGAUGAUGGAACUUGCACCCAAUUCCCUACUCUCACCAAGAGUUUUGGCAGCUUCAGAGUCGAGAGUUUGGAUCAAACCUGUUCUGUAAGUGUCUACGGAAGUGAUACGGCAUUUUGCAGUUCAACUAUAAACCUCUACGUCGCUACGUUUGGCGAUUGUCUGAACGACACCACCGUCAACCAAUUUUCGGUCGAUUGUCAAGAUUACUCAGCCGCGAUUUCUAGUCCACCAAAUGUCUUUAUCCCCACCAAUACAACAACCACAUCAGACGACACAAGUGAAGGUCUUUCCGCCGGUGCAAAGGCUGGUAUCGGGAUCGCAGCAGCGGCAUUCGUGGUCCUUCUGGUUGCAGGUAUCGUCUACUUCGUCAUACGCAACAAUCGAUUGAAGAGAAAGAACAUGCCUCACACUGGGUUUGCCGAAGCAGAUGGAAAUCCAGCAGCACCUCCAUACUCUGAGCUCCCUCCUGAUAGCGAGAAAAAGAGGCCUGUCGAAUUACCCCCUCAACACAUGAUCCCUGUGGAAGUGGCAGGCGAUCAUUCAUGGCCGUCACGAGAACUUGAUGGUACUGCAGUGCAGUCUCAAAUCAAAGCAUCGGCCCUAGCGGCUGCAAAGGGCAAGCCACUCAGCAAGCGCCCAUCACAUUCAGAUGUCACUCCUCUCAGUAAUAGUGAUAACGGAGCAUCGACGAUCGCUUCAACCUCUUUCUCCCCAGUGAGUCCAGAUGAUACGAGAUGA